AUGCAGCAAGUAUCCAUCUCAGUCCUCAACACGCCUAGAAACAAGAAAAAGAUUACAGAGGAGUUAAAGCAUUUAGACAUUGCUCACCCCGAGGUUCAACAAUUGCGUAUUCUUGUGCAUGGCCCAGUUGGUGCAGGAAAGUCCAGUUUCAUCAGCUCCAUUGCAAGUGUCUUUAGGGGUCGCAUGGUUCAAGCUGCUUUGGUUGAAUCGUCUAUUGGCGGCUCCGGCCACAGCUUCUCCACAAAGUUCAAAUCAACAAAAUUCAAAGAUAAAGACAGGAACGUCCUGCCUUUCGUCAUCAGUGACAUCAUGGGACUGGAGGAUGCAGAAGUGGCUGGGGUUCGUACUGAUGACCUUGUGAUGGCUCUGGAAGGUCAUCUCAAAGAUGGCUACCUUUUUAACCCUGCAGGAUCUGUGCAAAAAGAGAACACAUUCUACAACAGUUGCCCGACCCUGAACGAUAAAGUCCACUGCCUUGUCAGUGUUGUACCAGGAGACAAAAUUGGACUGUUGAAUGAUGGACAGGUCCAUACUGUCAUCCAAAAACUCCGGGAAAUCAGAAAGAAAGCCACUGCGCUGACAAUCCCUCAAGUUAUUGUCAUGACAAUGGUGGAUAAAGCCUGUCCUGAAGUCAACAAAGAUCUGAAGAUGAUCUACAGGAGCAAGAAGAUCAAAGAACAGAUGCUGGAAUGCCAAAACAAGUUGGGUGUCCCCAUGAACUUCAUUUACCCAGUUAAGAACUACCAUGAGGAAGCUGAACUGUGUGAUGAUGUUGAUAUUCUGCUUCUCUAUGCUCUGAAGAACAUCCUCAACUUUGCCAACGACCAUAGCCCAUACAGAAACGUUCUCAUUCUUUUCCUGAAAAAGACCCGGAUGAAGAAAACUAGCUCCUAUCUGCAAGAGAUAGUAAACACAUCAGACACUACGGUUCGUCUGGUCGUAGUUCUAGCAGACAGCUGCGCUCAAAACAAACUUGACAAAAUUCCUCAAGUUGUUGUCAUGACGAUGGUUGAUAAGGCCUGUCCUGAAGUCAAGAAAGACCUGAAGAUGAUCUACAGCAGCGAAAAGAUCAAAGACAAGAUGCAGGAGUGCUCUAACAAGUUGGGUGUCCCCAUGAACUAUGUGUAUCCGGUGAAGAACUACCAUGAGGAGACUGAGCUGCGUGAUGACAUCGACGUGCUGCUCCUCUCCGCCCUGAAACCCAUUCUUACCUUCGCCAAUGACCAUGUGGACAGUCCAACUUCGCAGAGGCCAAAUUUCAACCUCCCGAAAAGAUUGAGUUCCUUCAAAAUCUGA